AGAGUUGAACUUGAGAGAACCUAGACUUAUGCCUCCACCAUCCCUUUGGGAUUAGGGAAACCCCCUCCUUAGAUUAUCAAAUCUAUUGUAUCAAGGCACUCCUUAUAUGAUUAGUCACUCACACUUGUGAUUCUACCACCGGUCUCUCACUUGUGUGAUUCUACCGAUCGUAUACCGAUCUUCCUCUCGGGGAUUCUACCGCGUGUCUUUCUCUUGAGAGAUUCUAUCGGGAUAGUGGUUCGGACUAUCGGGAGUAAACCGGAAUUGUAUCGGGUUGUGUUGCGUACGUUCGCCGUGUUCUUUGUGUUCAUCCCUCGCCCCCUCUUGUUCUUGGUCAAUUUGUGAGAUCGGCCACAACCGAGCCCGUAGGGCUUGUUCAUAUGGUAUCAGAGCAAUGGUUGCCACGAAUUUGACCAUCGAAUAUCUUUAAUUUUUUCCCAAAAAAAUUGCCCCAAAAAAUAGCUCGAAAUUUGAUCUGCGAAUUCGUUGCGUUUUUUGUGGUUUUGAUCCAGAGAUUUGGUGUUCUUUAUGCUGAUCUAUCAUUCCCUCAUAUUUUCUUUGAUUAAUUCCAUCAAUUUCGCUCGAAUCUGAGGAUAUUCUGUCCGUUUCCGUGAAGAACAGCGCAAGAGUAGCUCGAGUUCAUCGUGGAGUUCUUCUCGAAAUUGGCCAACCACCGCAUCGCGCCGCGCCUCCCAUUCCUGCUCACCACCGCGCGGCCGCCGCAGCUGCCUUGCCUCCCCUCGCUACCAGGCCAACCACUAGCACGCCACCACCGCACCGGCCCGCCCGGCCCCGCCAGCAACUGCUGCAGCAGGCCUCCGCACCAUCUCCGCUCGCCUCGAGCGCCCACCCCACGCCACUCCACGCCAUCUGCCGGCCUCCGCUAGCUGCUGCCGCUCGCCCACCAGACCGCUCGCAUCGCCCCCAGGCCACGCACGCGCCUCCCACGCUCGCCAGCAGCACCAGACCAGCACGCGCCCCGGCCUACCUCGAGCGCCCUCUCCCGGCUGGCCCCACGCACGCCUCCACGAACCGCACGCUACUCAGCCUCCAGCAGUCCGCCGCACGCCAAGCAGCUGCAGCGCGUGCCUCCGCCCGCCCCUGGCCUUGCGCCUCAAUCCGGCCGCCACCAUCCCAAUUGAUUCGCAUCAAUUUCACUCCAAUCCCGCCAGCUUUAUUUCCAUCCCAGCGCAAGAUUUGACCGGACGACACGCCGGAUGGCCCGGUCGAAACCGGAGCCCAGGCCGGUGCCAACCGGCGCAGUCCAGGAGCUCUGCCCGUGUUUCGUCAAAUUUUGACUCCACUUUUUCCCCCAAAUUUUGACAACUUUCCGGAGCCCGUUUGACUCCAAAUUUUAACAGCAUCCCCCAAAUACUCCACAUAAUCCAUCUCUAAUUUGUGACGAUUUUUUGAGCCCAAUUUUUGACCGCUCGUUUUGACCCAACUUUUCGGGCAUUGAUUUAAUUUGCCCGGUUUCCGAUUUGGAGUGCAUUGGUUGUACCAUACGCGUCGGCGUCUACAUCGACAUCGUGGCAACACCUUGGGCACCCCGGUUUUCGGCGCAACUUCGCCACCAUCAUCGACACCACCUCAACAUCAUCGCAAGUUGUGUGUUUCGACACCGCCUAACAUCAAUAGGUAUAACUUGCCCCCUCUACACCUUGUAGCCCCAUUUCUUCCUUUGUGUACCUAUCCUAUUGAGAGUGGCUAUUCGAGUGUUGAGAAACAUUGCACAACUGUCACGACCGUGAGAGGGUUUGUGAGUGUGUUGUGUUGAGCGAAGCUCCGAAGCAAGCUCGGUGAGAAAAAUACACAAAAGAAGAAAAGUGUGACAUAUACAUAGAGAAAAAUAAAGCUUCUAAGCAUAGAGAAAAAAAGUGAAAAAAAGAGAAAAAAAUAGAAAAAGAAGUGUGUGUCCACCGAUACAAAAGUGUGCAAAGCUUGUGCGCACUAAGAGAGAAAAAAGAAGAGUGGCAUUUGUGCAAAUCUUGUUGCUUCCCUCUUAUCCAAUCGAGCUACCGUCUCUCUUGUGUUGGCGUGACACCGAGCUUAUAGUCUUCGGUAGGACCAUCUUGUUACUUAGCUCACUUCCUUGGUCGCGCUAACCCCAUUGUUUUCCGUUGUGUGUGUUUCCGUGUUUCCUUGACAUAGAUCACCACUCUUGACAUUUGACUUUGGAUCUUACCCACAUUUGACAAUAGACUUUUUCGUUUGCUAUCCACCCCAUACCCACCACAUAUAGAGUUCUUAGCCUUUUGCGUGUGCUUUGAGUGUGUGUGUGAGUAACCCCGGUACAAUUUUGACUUUGCUCUUGACUUGAACCAUUUUUCCGAUACUUUCUUGAAAGGUUGGAUACUUGUGUAGUUUUCCUUCCACCAUACAUAUACACAUAUCCUAGUGAGAUAUACAUGAUGACCCCACAAGAGCAAGCCGAGAUGAGAGCAUACUUCGCCGAGCUAGAUGCUCGAGAAGCCCAAAUGACACCCAAAGAUAAAGCCGAGUGCAACGCAUAUUUCAAACACCUUGAGAGCAAGAGUGAUACACCCCAUGAGUCGAGUGAGGAUGUUUCGAUUUCUAACAACUUAACCUCUACUCCUCUUGUGUUGUCUUCCUCUUUGUUAGGUUGCUCGGACAUCGACGACGCCAUUGCCAUGGAGAUGAAGGACUCUACUAUAUGUGAGAUGAGCGACUCCACUAUAUGUGAGAUGAGUAACUCCACUAUAUGUGAGCUUGAUGAGUGCCUCCACUUCGAGAGCAUGAGUGAUACACCAAGUGAGAUGAGAGUGGUAGUUGAUAGGUCAUGUGAGGCCAUUUUGAAUUCUAACAACUUACCCUCUACCUCUAGUGUGUUUCCUUGUGUCUCAUUAGAUCCCAUGGAUGACGAAACGCUGAUCAUGGAGAAGAUGUACAUGGUGCAUGAAGAUGGUGCUAUCACACCAUGCUUGACUGAAGAUGAACAUGGAGGCCACAUCGAGCCUACCUCUUCCACAACACCUACCUCAUAUGAGCGGGACUACAAAGGUACAUAUAUGGGUGUUGAUGAUGCCAUGAUCCCACUAGCGGACAUGAUGAUUUGUAAGUGCUUGCAUGAGUUGGAUGAUCCUAUUACUAUGGCAUAUGCUUCUUUCACUUUCCCUUGUGACUUGUGAUACCACCAUUAUUGAUCAUGUGGAAGUAGUUGAUUGUGACACUUUGACCAUGCCAUGCUAUGAGUGUUUCGAUUUCUAUCCUAUUGCUUGCAAUAUGUCGAACAAUUUCUCUUUCCCAUGUAUUGCUUGCAAUGUUGAUAAUGAUGCUUGUGUUGUGACAACCUUGCCGAACAAUUGCUCUUUCCCUAGGUUUGUCGACAACAAUGAUCAAAUGUUGAACAUGUUUUGUGCUACAUGCUUACAAUAUUCUCCCAUUAAUGCAACCAAAAUGAUGAACAAUUUCUCUUUCCAAUGCUUGGCUUGCAAUAGUGUUAAUAUGCUUGUGAAUGAGAUUGCCCUCAUAGCUCUCUCAAGUCUUGGAGACUUUGCAUAUAUCCAUGUUGAGCAUGUUCCUAAGUUUUCCCCGCAUAUUCACCAUGUGUACUAUAAUAUCUUGCUUACCGCUAAUGGUGAUGUGCAAAAGAAAUGGUGCAUCAUGAUAGAUGAUGUGUUCAUAUACCAUGCACACACGUUGUUCUUGUUGUCUAACAUGUGUGUAGGUACCAAAACUCCAAUGUCAACCUCGAUUGAGCACGAGUUGACAAAAAGAGCUCUUGAGAGCAUGAUACAAGUGAGCUCCAAUGAAUGGUUUCGCUCGCACACUUCGACUACACAAGAUCUCUCAAUGAGAGCACACCGACAUCUUGCUAAGGGCUCUCGACAAGUGAAGGAACAUUCAAGCGUUGGUGUCAUCUACCUCCUCUACACAUUCACGAAGACCCAUCGUCGAGGACGACUCUUUUUCAAGUGGGGGGAGAUAAUGCAGCCCGACCUACGGACUUCGCUUCAUCAUGUGCGUCAACGUCAAGAACCACACUCAAGGCCGAGGUCACGGAGGCAUGGAAGAGAAGAAGGAAGAAGAGCGUCCGAAGUCGCCUAGGAGAGAAGACGCCUGCCACAAGUUGUUGGGGGGUGACCCCCGGUAUGCCAAAGGCAUGCCAAACCGGAUGGUUGUUCCGGAUAACGAAGGUUGAUUCAGAGAAUCAUUCCGUAUCCCCUAGCUAAGAACGUACCGUAGUACCGGAACAGGCUACACUGUAGCACAUCAGCAAGACUGGUCAAAGAUGCUCUCCAGAGCUAGAAGACAAAGAUGAGCGAAGCACUUCAGCUUUAAUCGAAGCCAUGACGCUAAAGGCGAAGGAUGACGUAAAAGGUGUCGGAGGAUGUCACAGCUCCUGAUUAAAGGCAUACCGGCAUCACCGGUAGCUAAAGUAGCUUUGUAAAGUAGUUUGUCUAGUCAAAGAUCCCAUUAGGGUUUCUUAGGGUUUCUUCCCCUAUAAGCCACCCUCUCCCCUAUAUAAGGAGAGGGGGCACAGCCCUUCGCGGGCACGUCCUAAGAGAGAUCCUA